CAAUGUUCUCUAUCUAUACCAAAGGGGUUUAUUUUAAUGGAUUUAUUAUAAAUUUUUUCUUUGGUUCUUAUGGAGAAAAAACACACACCGUGUCUUGUCUUCUAAGUAGAGCAUCGUCUAGAAUUCAUUUCUUGCACUCAAUGGCGUCUUCAUCUUCCAACAGCUACUCCAAGGUCAACGACGUGUUCUUGAACUUCAGAGGAGAAGACACGCGCAAGACUUUCGUGUCUCAUCUGUAUGCUGCCCUCUCUAAUGCAGGAAUCAACACUUUCAUCGAUCACAAGCUUCGCAAGGGAACGGAGUUGGGAGAGGAACUGUUAGCAGUCAUAAAAGGGUCUCGGAUAUCCAUCGUCGUUUUCUCGGCUAACUAUGCUUCAUCAACUUGGUGUCUUCAUGAGCUGGUCGAAAUAAUUUACCACCGUAGAGCUUAUGGCCAGGUGGUUGUGCCUGUAUUUUACGAUGUUGAUCCAUCUGAUGUACGUCAUCAAACGGGUGCUUUUGGACAACGCUUGAAAGCACUUAUGCAAAAAAGUAAGCCCAUCGACUUUAUGUUUACGAGUUGGAAGAGUGCACUCAAGGAGGCUUCAGAUUUGGUCGGUUGGGAUGCCAGAAAUUGGAGGAGUGAAGGUGACCUAGUGAAGCAAAUUGUUGAGGACAUUUCUAGAAAACUAGACACCCGGCUGUUGUCUAUUCCCGAAUUCCCAGUUGGAUUAGAAUCCCGAGUGCAAGAAGUAAUUGAGUUUAUUAAUGCUCAAUCAGACACAGGUUGUGUUGUAGGGAUUUGGGGAAUGGGUGGCUUGGGUAAAACAACCAUGGCCAAAGUUAUCUACAAUAAGAUUCACCGGAGAUUCAGGCAUAGCAGUUUCAUUGAAAAUAUUAGAGAAGUUUGUGAAAAUGAUAGUAGAGGGUGUUUUUUUUUGCAACAACAACUUGUUUCUGAUAUCCUAAAUAUUAGAGUCGGGAUGGGGAUAAUUGGGAUCGAGAAAAAACUUUUUGGAAGAAGGCCCCUUAUUGUACUUGAUGAUGUGACUGAUGUUAAGCAAUUGAAAGCCCUAUCUUUAAAUCGUGAAUGGACUGGUACAGGAUGUGUGUUCAUCAUUACAACCAGAGAUGUACGCCUACUUAAUGUACUUAAACCUUAUCACAGAGUCCAUGUUUGUAGAAUAAAGGAAAUGGACGAAAAUGAGUCCCUUGAGCUUUUCAGUUGGCAUGCUUUUAGACAAGCACAUCCAAGAGAAGACUUGAUUAAACUCUCAAUGGACAUAGUUGCUUACUGUGGAGGACUACCACUAGCUCUUGAAGUCCUUGGAUCUUACUUAUGUGAGAGGACAAAAGAAGAAUGGGAAAGUGUGUUGGCAAAACUAAGGAAAAUUCCCAAUGACCAAGUACAAGAGAAACUUAGAAUAAGCUAUGAUGAUUUAGAUUGUGAGGAAAAGAAUAUAUUCCUUGACAUAUGUUUUUUCUUUAUUGGCAAGGAUAGAGUCAAUGUUACAGAGAUAUUAAAAGGUUGUGAUCUGCAUGCUGAAAUUGGAAUAACAAUCCUGGUUGAAAGGAGCCUCAUAAAGCUUGAAAAGAAUAACAAGAUCAAAAUGCACAAUUUGCUACGUGACAUGGGAAGAGAAAUUGUUCGUCAAAGUUCUCUAGAGGAACCUGAGAAGCGUAGUCGAUUGUGGGUUCACCAAGAAGUGCUUGAUUUGUUGUUAGAACAUACUGGAACAAAAGCAAUUGAGGGCUUGGCUUUGAAGUUACAAAGAACUAGUGGACUUCACUUCAAUACUAAAGCAUUUGAGAAAAUGAAGAAAUUGAGACUUUUGCAACUUGAUCAUGUACAACUUGUUGGAGAUUAUGAGUAUCUUAACAAAAACCUAAGAUGGCUUUGUUUGCAAGGAUUUCCUCUACAACACAUACCAGAAAACUUGUACCAGGAAAAUCUAAUUUCUAUUGAAUUAAAAUAUAGUAAUAUUAGACUAGUAUGGAAGGAGCCACAGUUGCUGCAGAGGCUAAAGAUCCUCAAUCUUAGCCAUUCAAGGAACUUGAUGCACACCCCUGAUUUUUCAAAACUACCAAAUCUUGCAAAACUCAAUCUCAAAGAUUGUCCAAGAUUGUCUGAGGUGCACCAAUCCAUUGGAGACCUAAAUAAUCUUCUUGUGAUAAAUUUGAUGGACUGUACAAGUCUAAGCAAUCUUCCGAGGAGGAUCUAUCAGUUGAAAUCUUUGCAAACUCUCAUCUUUUCUGGUUGUUCAAAGAUUGACAUGUUGGAAGAAGAUAUAGUGCAGAUGGAAUCCUUGACUACACUGAUUGCAAAAGAUACAGCCGUAAAAGAAAUGCCUCAAUCAAUUGUAAGGUUAAAAAACAUUGUUUAUAUAUCCCUCUGUGGACUUGAAGGAUUAGCACGUGAUGUUUUUCCUUCUCUCAUAUGGUCUUGGAUGUCACCAACAGCAAAUCUCAGAUCUUGUACUCACUCAUUUGGGAGCAUGUCAACUUCUCUAACCUCCAUGGAUAUUCAUCAUAAUAAUUUGGGUGACAUGUUGCCAAUGCUUGUUAGACUUUCAAAACUUCGAAGUAUUUUAGUGCAGUGCGACUCUAAGUUUCAAUUAACCCAAAAAUUAAGUAAAGUUAUGGAUGACUUAUGUCAAGUAAAAUUUACAGAAUUGGAAAGAACAUCAUAUGAAUCACAAAUUUCAGAGAAUGCCAUGGAAUCUUAUUUGAUUGGAAUGGGACGCUAUGACCAAGUCAUCAAUAUGCUUAGCAAGAGCAUAUCAGAGGGAUUGAGAACCAAUGAUUCAAGUGACUUUCCCCUUCCGGGUGACAAUUAUCCUUAUUGGUUAGCUUGUAUAGGUCAGGGACAUUCAGUACAUUUUCAAUUGCCUGUGGAUAGUGAUUGCUGCAUUAAGGGAAUGACUUUGUGUGUUGUUUAUUCAUCAACCACUAAAAACAUGGCAGAGGAAUGUCUUACUGGUGUCUCCAUUGUUAAUUACACAAAGUGCACCAUCCACAUAUACAAGCGAGACACAAUAAUUUCCUUUAAUGAUGAAGAUUGGCAGGGCGUAAUAUCAAAUCUAAGACCCAGUGACAAUGUGGAGAUUUUUGUAGUUCUUGGUCAUGGAUUGACGGUUGUGAAGACAGCUCUCUAUCUAAUAUAUGAUGAUGAGUCAAUCACUGUGAAAAUGGAGCCAUCACCUAAUGUGAUAAUGGAGUCAUCGUCUAACAUGAAAACAGAUCCAUCACCUAAUGUUAAAAUGGAGCCAUUAUCUAACAUGAAAUCAGAGCCAUCCAUGAAGCCAAAGAAAAAUAUUUUUGCUAGACUUAUACAGAGAAUGGGAGAAUGUACAUGCAUGAGGUGAAAUAGAGGCUUCAACAAUUUUUUACUAGGUCUGCCAAUGCCAUUGUCAUUGUGUAUCAUUCCCUUGUUUUCCAUGCAAGCACUAAUAAGGUUGCAAAACUGAUGUUUAUUUCAAUUAAUAAGUUUCUGAAAAUCUAUUUAAGACUUCGUUUCCAGACCUUUUCUCAUUGCUUGAAAAGACAUGGUGUUGUGAUGCUCUAUAUUUUUACAAGGACCAACAGUGUUAGAAUAUUAUGGGUAGUUAGUUGGAAAGGUUUAUUCGAGAUAAAUGGGGGUAGGAUCAAAGGAAAGGGAAUAAGCUGCCAUUUGUAAAGUGAGAAGAGGCUCUUUGUGAAUGGGAAACCCCUUAAAGGGGAGGUUUCUUUCAUAUUUCUGAUUUUUGGUUUGUAACAGUGACUUGAGAUCUUUUGAUAGUACCUAUGGCACUCUAAAUGCAUGGGAAAGCAGAGCAACAUAAUACAAGAUGGAUGCCAUGAAGUGCAAAUCCAGAGAAGGUUGCUGGCAUUAUUAAUUAACUACAAUCCGUGUGAAGUGACAACGAUUGAGAAGCUGUAGUCAAUUGCAUGCAUGAUGUAUAGUAGCUCUAUAACCAUUUCCUUAAUCUUGCUAUUGUAAUUUUUAUUUGUAAGUGUUGUAAUGCUUCUCUUAUUCAAUAACAGAGUAAUUAGUUGUUA